AUUGUCUGAGUAUCUCAUUGUCUUGUGUUGGUACAGUAACUAAACAUUAGUUAUUGUGUACAGAAAGCUGGUAAGAAGGCGUUUGUAAGAUGGAUGAUGUGCUUCUUCAUUGGUGGAUUGAUUUCUGUGAUUUAUCGUGGAGUUAGCUACGUGGUCCGACUAUUCACAUUGGUUCACUUCUUGGCGCUUUGCAAGACAGGCAUACACAUCAUGCGCUUUGUUGUGUGUUUUAUCCUUCGAAGUAUUGUUGUUGUUUGCAAGCGAUUCAACAUUUUCCGAAGUCUCCAGAGAUUAAUGACGAACGACAAAGAUGAGAGAGACUUUGUUUCUAAUGGAGCUGCUGGAGGUAUCGCUGCUGCUUUUCAUGCCCCAAUUGGAGGUCGUCGUACUCUAUAGGAAUUAUCUCGUGUAUCUAUUCGCCAACUGCUCGGUCCAUCAAGAAACGACAAAAUCAAUCAACUUCCCUUACCACCUUCACUCAGAAUGUACCUCAAAGACAUGUUCUACAGGUCACCUCCUGACAGUCGAUGACACAGUUCAUGUUGACCGAGUUUACUAUCGACGUCAAUUAUAUAAACAGUUGUACACAUGAGGAAUAUGGAUUAUGUUGUUGCUGAAUGAUAAUAGAUGGUAUUAUUGCUUUAUGAGAUUUGAGCGGUUUAUGAAUGUUUGCUGAUGUAAUGAGGUAUGUUUGAUAGAAAAACGUGAAUAUGGAGCUUGA